UGCCAUCGAAGUGUAAUUUUCUUUGUUUACGUGUCGAUUAAUUACGAUUGUGCUGUUUUAUCCCUGAACGGGUGUUAAUUCAUUGCGGUUUAUGGAAUAUUCUCAAAGAAACCCAUAUACGAAGUUAUUGUCGAAGACUAACUGUGUGAAAUGAAUAACGGAGAGGUCGGGGGGUCCAGGGGCAGAGGCCGCGGUUGGCCGCAGUCCGAAAAUCCACCACGGGAACUUCGCCGGCCGAAGAUCGCUGCCGAGGAUGCGCAAGUUGAAGCUCCUAAGUCGAACUUAUCGGCUGAGGCUAAGGAGUGGUUCCCGCGGAAUUAUACACCGCAAAGUGUGCCAGCUUACCAUCAGGAACCUGCCCCAUACAGGCCCCAUCGGUUCUCAGUCCAGAACCGGCUAAGACAAGCACAAAAUCCAAAUCCGUAUAACUUUGACAACAUGUCAUAUGCACUUGAAGAAGCCGAGAAUAUGGACUUACGGGAAAACAUCGGCAACUUGAUAACUGUGAUGUGUGAGAUAACAUUUGACCCUGGCAAGUUCGACUCCCUUUGCGGUCCAUUGGUGGACUCAUUUGCCCCCACGCUACAGGAUGCCAACUAUACGAGACCACUUGUUGAAGCCAUUGUAAACCAGUCCAUUGGUGAGCCGAACUUCCGUUACAAUGGUGCGCGCCUGUGUUCGAUGUAUGACUCCGUGGGAUCGCCGGAAGAAUCAACGUUCCGCGCAUGCCUGCUGGAGCGCUGCUCCGCUGAAGAGAAUAAGAUCAUCAGUGGUGUCGAGACCGCCGAGGAGAACAUGCGCGGAUUCGCUAUGUUCCUCGCUGAGAUCUACACCCAGCUUGAAGACAAUCAGGGGGGUCGUAUCAGAUCUUUAGGUGAGAGUCUUUGCAAAGUGUUACUUCACCUUCUUGACACGGACAACGAAACCAACAUUAAAGCAGUGUGUCAGUUACUGAAACUGUCGGGCAUCGCCCUGGACGCGGACUGCCCGGCGGGCAUGCACGCGGCGUUCGAGCGCUUGAAGCGGCGCGGGCACAUGGCGUGCGUGCGCAACGUAGUGUCGCUGCGCGCCGCGCGCUGGGGCAUGGCCGAGCCCGAGGCGCUGCCGCUGCACGACGUGCACGCGCCGGCCGGCGCGCAACCGAAUCCCGAUCCUCGCCGCCGCGUCGUCACCGGUGAGCUUGUCACAGUGACUAACGGUGAGCCGGACAACGACGCAGGUUACCUGGCGGACGGCAACCAGCUGACGGCCGAGGAGCACGCCUUCCUGCGCAGCAACUUGCCUACCGGCAAGAAUGCUUCGCUCGACGAGGACAUUCUGGACGAACUGGAGAACGACGCGUGGGAAACGGAAAUGGACCCCGAGAUGCAGGCUGGCUUCCUCGAGUUCCUGCGCAUGUCGAACCAGAUCAAGCGAUAACCUCGCGCGGCGCCACCUUGCGGGGGACAGACCAGCCUGCUUCUACUAUAAUUACAUAUUUAGGACAAUGAUGAAAUACAAAAAAAGUAUAAAAUUCUAUAAAAUUAUAAAAAGAUUUAUUGAAGGGAAGCAGCCAACUUGCAAUCACUCUAGAAAGGUUAACAAGCUAAAUUUGGACCGAAGUUUACACGGCGAGCGGGGACCGAUAGGUUUGCAGGUCAGUAUUACUUACCAUUUAUCGACAGUCGCUUCCGAUACUGACUUAUAUCAACUUAAGGAAACAAAUGUACCUAGAUAUUAAGGUGCUCUUUUAGAGUGGUUGAAUUCUUGGAUGUUAUAAACGUAUGUAUGUAAGCCUUUAGUUAUAAUAAUUUACUUGCUGACUCCAGUGAGGUCCAUACAAAAUAUGUUUAGUACAUCGCUUUAUAUUUUGUUUAUUUUUAAAUAUUUGGUCUGUUGCUCCAAGAGGACGAAUAAUAAAGCGCGUUUACGUAUAACAUCUGAGCGAAAACAUGAGAAAGUUUUAAAAAAUCCCAGUUUUUUUUGCUAUAAUUACUUAUACGUAAACAGUGUGGUUUUCAGAAAUGUAAAGGAUCAUUCAUGAAAAUUGUUCCAUGAGUAUUUAAUUUUUUUUAAUAAAAAUCAGUUGUAAUUUAUCUGGGAGAGUUGCGCAUAACAUGAGUGAGUUACGUUUCUGACUGGUGCACAGCUGUUAAUAUUAGAUUUCGUGGACUAAAUGUAAACAAGGUAGGAUACAGUAUGGGAUAAGCUAGAACGUAUAACUAUGACUUUUAACUCUUAGUUAUCCAUGAUUUAUGCAACCAUCUCAUUCGAAGCAAUAUUGCGAUGUUUAGUGUUCUAUGCGUGUACUUGUAGUAAAUAAUUGUCGCCCACCAUGGAAAUUGAAGGCCAUAUUUAAGAGCCAUUAGUUUCUUGUUUACAUUUCGUCUAUUCUAUAAUCUUAAAUAAAAUAAUAUUUAGUGAUCUCAUAAUUUCUCCAUUUAUUUUUCUCUACGUCAUGACAACGGGACAUGCCAUUUUCAUUUCUUCGUUAUAAAAAUUUAAACGUUGGAUGCAAUUUAUGAAUAUUAUAAUAAUUAUUAUUGAAAUUUAUAUAUUUCCAUCCUCAUUACAAAUACAUAAUAAUCGAUUUUAUUAAUGCAAUUCUAUGUUUAACUGUAAUGUUUUGUUAUAAUUUGUACGUGACUCGAACGUGCAUUGGUUUUACAACUGCCAUAGGAAUAAAAUAUAGCAAAUCACAGUUAGUGGAAUCCAUAGAAGUAUUUAUUGCAAAUGUAAAACUCAAUCAUGUCGACGGCAUUUUUUUUACACACGUAGGAAGUCAUUAUCCAAUUUUUAGUUUUAUUUCAAUACAACAUGAUUUAACAUUUAGAUCCGUUUUCGGAAAUUAUUAUUCAUAUAUAAUUAAAGUUUGAAAUAAGCAUCAAGAAUGCUUCAGUUGCUUGUUUAUCAAUAAAUAGCACAAAUAUAUUUUCAGUGUACAUUUCAUAAAGUCGUCAAUUGUUUUGUGAUACAAUUCCCCAUUUGGAGGAGAAGUAACUUUGCGUUUGUAUCUUUGAAAUGCCAAAUUUGUUACAUUUACGUUAAACUUUGUUAUGUGAUUUGCCCACACGAAGUGAGUGAUAGUUGCCUUGAGUGUGAGAGGAAUUUUAAUCAGUAACCUAAUUGCUGAUAGCGUUGUUUCAACUAGAUAAUAUUCGCAUACCUAGAGUAACAAAUAGCAAUAAAAAGAGUUACUACAACUAAAAUAUUUAUAUAAGUCACGUACAUGCCGUAAGUGCUAACAGAACACCACUUUUUGAAUAAUAUUUGCAAUACUGGACUUAUUUAUU